AUGCCAAGAAGAGCAGAAGCUGAAGACCUGCCUCACAGGAAAGCAGUACAGUCGCAACUCGAUAUACUGGAACUCAUUUUGUCGGAUACCUUGCUGUCCCGGACGAGGUAUGCGGAUGCUACUUUUUCUUACCAAAAUGCAUUUGCUAUCCCGGAUUUUGACCUUCUUGGACCGGAUGGAAAUCGUCAGGAGAGUGAACCCCUGUUCCUACAGAAUCAAAAUCUGCUCUGGCUAGACCUCGCAUGA